CGCCACCCCUCGUACCAAAAGCAUCGUCCAUCAUCAUAGCCAUCGUCUCCUCCACAUAGCCCACAACCGCCGGGCCGCCGCUCCUCUCUCUCUCUCUCUCUCUCUCUCUUCUCUCCCAACGAGCCACGCACGCUGGUCCCACCCGUCCGCGGCUCGCCCCUCUCUUCUCUCAAAAUCCCCCAACCCGUGCGAGCCCGUGGCCUGCGCCCCCGCCCGCCCGUCCCGCGUGCCGGAUUUUCGCCGUAAAUCGGCAGCGUUUCCCCGUGCGGGGGGAGGCGGAGGCGGCGGCGCCGGCGGCGGAUGGCGCUGUCCGCGUCGGCGGCAGCGUCGGCCGGGCGGGGGGCGCGGGCGGAGAAGGUGGGGAGGAUAUUCGAGCGGUUUGAUGCCAACGGGGACGGGGGGCUGGACCGCGACGAGAUGGCGGCGCUCGUCGUUGCCGUCAAUCCGCGGGUGAAGUUCAGCGACGACCAGAUCUCCGCCAUCCUCGACGAGGUGUUCCGCACCUACGCCGAGUUUAUACUCCCCGGGGGGCGGGGCCUCUCCCUGCCGGGGCUUCUCCGCACCUACGACGACGGCGCCGGGGACGUCGACCGCGACUUCCUCGCGCUGUCCCUGCCCCCUCUCGACUCCGGGGCAUCGUCCCCUGAGAUCGCCGCGGGGGACCCCGCUGCCGUCUCGUCCCCUCCCUCCGGCGCCGCCGCAGCCGCGUCGCUUCUAGACGACCACAUCAAGCCGAUUGGCACUGCCGGUGCGGCUCCCUCAUCCAGCUCACGCGUCGCCGCGGCCGCACCAGCGUGGGCGACAUCGCCUAGCCACGGGAUUGCGUUCGACUCCUCCUGGGCGCUCCUCGAUGACCUGGAGAUACUAGUGAAGCGCCUCCGCUCCAAGCAGCUCCGGAGGACAUCCUCCGUCGACACGAUCAACGGCAGCGGCGGCACGGGGAACAACAAUUUCGACUCCUUCUCUGAGGCCGGGUGGUCAAGGGAGAUCUCCGGCCAGGCGGAUUCGGCUAGCGCCACGCCGUGGGACGAGACAAGCCGCGACUACCUCACCUUCGUCAAGGAGCUUGCUGUGCUCCGGACGCGCGCGGACGCCUCCCGCUCACGCGAGGAGGCCUUUGACAAUCACAUGGUCAUCGGCCGUGCGCUCUCCGAGCACCGCCUCUUCCGAGACGCGCUUGCCAGCUUCCGCCGCGCCUGCGAGCUGCAGCCCACUGACGUCCGCCCCCACUUCCGCGCGGGGAACUGCCUCUACGCUCUUGGCCGCCAUUCUGAGGCCAAGGAGGAGUAUCUCCUCGCCCUUGAAGCUGCGGAGGCGGGCGGUUCCCAGUCUGCAGACAUCCUCCCGCAGAUCCAUGUCAACCUUGGUAUUGCUAUGGAGGCGGAGGGAAUGGUGCUCGGUGCCUGUGAGCACUACCGAGAAGCUGCCAUAUUGUGUCCAUCCCAUGCCCGAGCUCUGAAGCUCCUCGGGAGUGCGCUCUUUGGCGUUGGUGAGUACCGUGCAGCUGAGAAGGCACUUGAGGAAGCCAUCUUCUUGAAGCCGGACUAUGCUGAUGCACACUGUGAUCUUGGGUCAGCCCUGCAUGCGAUUGGGGAUGAUGACCGUGCAGUUCAGGAGUUUCAGAAGGCAAUUGAUCUCAAACCUGGACAUGUUGACGCCUUGUACAAUCUUGGUGGAUUGAAUAUGGAUGCUGGGCGCUUUGUGCGGGCUGCAGAGAUGUAUACUCGUGUGCUGAGCAUCCGACCAAACCAUUGGCGAGCUCAGCUAAAUAAGGCGGUUGCUUUGCUUGGCCAGGGGGAGUCUGAGGAGGCGAAGAAGGCACUCAAGGAGGCAUUUAAGAUGACACAAAGGGUAGAGGUGUAUGAUGCCAUAUCUCAUUUGAAGACAAUGCAGAAGAAGAAGCCAAAGCCUCCCAAGGGAAAAGAUGGAAAGGAUGAUGGUCAAGGAGAGGAGACAUUUGUUGUAGUGGAGCCAUCCAAGUUCAAGAGGGUUGGAAGAAAGACCACCUUGCGGCAGGAUCUUGCCAAUGCUCUUGAUAUAAGGGCAUUUGAGAGAACAACAAAGCUUGGCCGCUGUGAUGUGGAGCUUCUAAGGAAAGAGAUGAAUGAGACUGAUGUCCCCAUAUCCUACUCAGGCACUGGCAAUCCAGAGAAGUCAAUACGAAAAGCAGCUCUCGAGGUUAUUCUCCGCAGGCUCCUAUCUUUCCUCAAGCCAGAUACCUUCCAGGGUUCUGUGAAGGCGAUUAAUGAAAGAAUCCUCUCUGUCCUUGAUGCCUCUGGUUCUGGCCGUGUUGACCUUGGGAUGUUCUUUGCUAUCAUUGCCCCAAUUUGUUCUGGUCCUGUGGAUAGGCGCAAACGGGUUGUGUUUGAUGCACUUCUUUGGCGUCCUGCAAGUGAAGGAAGCAGGGGUCAGAUUAGGAGGAGCGAUGCGUUAGCCUACAUCAAACUUCUUCGUGCCGUUUAUAUACCCACCCAUGGGGCUAGUGACAUGCUUGAAAUGCAUGGGGAGUCUGACCCCACUAUGGUUUCAUACACAGAGUUCCUUGAAAUGUUCAAUGAUCCUGAUUGGGGAUUUGGGAUCCUAAGCACAUUGGUGAAGCUUGAGGACAGUGAUCACAUUCGUCAUGGCCGCCACACCUGCUCAAUCUGCCGAUAUCCUAUCAUUGGUUCUCGAUUCAAGGAGACAAAGCACUCCUUUAGCUUGUGCAACCGAUGUUACAGUGAAGGGAAGGUUCCAUCAGCAUUCAAGUUGGAGGAGUACAAGUUCAAAGAAUAUGGUAAUGAGUCUGAGGCUCUUAUCGAUAAGUGCAUGUGCUUCAAUUUACAUUCUAAGAAGCUUGAAGCUGAUGCUUGAUCAUUCGAACUUUGAUGUUGAUUGCUCGAGCAUGAAUCUGUGUAUCCCCUUUCUAGGUGCAAAGAUCUCUAGAUAGUCUCCUGCCCUCUUGUAAACUAAGGUGCUGUUUGUUCGGAGUUUUCUGAAUGUGUUCCGACUACUUAAAGAUCCUAAUCCAUUAGCUAUUGUUCGUUCAAGUGUAUGGGAGUGAGAACAUGUGAAUCCAAACACACUGUUGUUACAAUCCCCAUUGCUCUUGUUUAAUAGAGAUCAUUGCUGAUACCAACUGAUUUUUAUUUGAACCAAACAAUUUUGGACUUUUUUGUCCUUUAAUCACGCUUGUGUGAUUCUAGCAUGGUUGCAGGAACAGAAGGAAACUUUAUUCUGUAUAUUCUGGUUUCAACUUGUUUCUGAGUUGGUCUAACAGAUUAUUUUCUAAGGCAAUCA